AUGAACUUGCCAACUUUUGAGACUUCGCUGCUGUCACCUGGAAUGGACUCAACUAUUCUGAUCGUCCUCGACAGUUCAUCAUCUGUUGGCGAUACGGCCUAUGUGCAGCUGAAAAAGAUCGUGCUGCAGUUUUUCGAAGUCAUCAGAGAUGCAAGAGUGGGACUCAUCUCUAUCACAUGUCCGCCAAAGCUUGCCGUUCCGAUAGGCACUCACACAUUUGAAGAGUUCCAGAAUCUUGUCAGAGAAAUGAUGUACGGCGGGAAAACUGAGAUGUACGACGCUCUCGACAUGGCCAGAACCCUACUAGAUCGUGAAACAUCGGAUUACAAAACUUUGAUAAUUAUAACGGAUUCUGGUGAAAGAACUCGCACUCAAUGUUUCUCAACAAAAUAUAGAGAGGAUGAGUUCGACGUUGCUGAAGAG